AUGUUUGUUUCCCGCGACUAUGUUACUUGUUCUUUGCUCUUAUUAUCCAUACAAGCAAUUGCUUCAUCGUUAGCUCUCAAUUACAACGCUAAUUACUGUCCAACCAACACAGCGCACCAAUUCAACACUGAAUUCCAAACAAAUCUCCGAAUCCUCCUCACUUCUCUCACCUCCAACGCCUCCUUGGGCCGCGACGUCUCCUACCAAACCAUCCUUGGAAUGACGUCCCCAGACGUCGCCGCCGGCAUCUUCCUUUGCCGCGGUGACGUCUCCGCCGCCACGUGUAAGGAAUGCGUGGCCACCGCCGCCAUAGAAAUAACAAGCCGCUGCCACAACCAAACGGAGUCCAUCAUAUGGUACGACGAGUGUAUGGUGGCCUACACAAACGACUGGUUCGACCCCAUGGGCAUGGACCCGAAAGUGAACUUGUGGGAGAAUAAGAGCGUCUCCGCCUCGGAUUUCGAAAACUUUAACCAAACGUUGUUGGGGUUGUUGAACGGUUUGGCUGAGGAUGCUGCGAGUUCGAAGAAAUUCGCGACAGGGGAAGCGGCGGUAAAGGUUGGUUCUUCGGGGCACGUCUACGGCUUGGUGCAGUGCGUGCCCAGCGCCACGAAUGAUCAGUGCGAGACGUGUUUGAAAAAUGGUAUUGGAACUCUCUUUUCUGCGUGUUGUGAAGGAAAACAGGGCGCAAGAGCUCUGCUUGCAUGGUGUAAUAUCAGAUACGAGUUGUUUCAGUUUUACAACACAGCAGUGACGCCAACAGCGCCACUGGUUCCUUCUCCUUCAGUUGUUCUUGUGCAUUUUCUAAUAUUGAUGUUGUUAAACAGUGGUUACAUGGCACCAGAAUACGUAAAACGGGGACACUUUUCAGAAAAAUCAGAUGUCUUCAGUUUUGGAGUCAUCAUUUUGGAAGUUCUUAGUGCAAAAAGGAAUGUUUGUCCUACUGUACCAUCAACCAGUGAUGAUGAAGACGAAGAUCUUUUGAGUUAUGUGAAUUUGGAGGCAAUGGAGGAAUGA